GUAAUUUUUUCCUUUUCUCUUCAAUUUCAAAAUUUCCUUUUCGCUAGAGAGGCGCUUUUUAAUAAUUUAUAAUUCUCAUAAUCGCAUUUAUCACUUUUAACAAUAUGGCAUCACUCAUAAGAGAUUGUCUCUUCUUAAUUUUACUGAAUUACAUGAUGAUCUCAGUCAAUUCUUUGCAUUCAUGUAGUUUAGUAAAUAAAACCUGGUGUCAAGUAUCCGUACCUUUUCUAUGGAUAUAUUUUCAGGUGUUUACGAAUAUUCUCGCUAUUACCAACGAGAAUCACGUGAAAUUCUAUAAUGUUAUCACCCACUUCUUACCGAAUAAUCUGGAAGAAUAUUUUAUUACCUUUAAAUAAAUUUCCAACAGGACCAAUGUUCGAGAAUACAUGAAUUUUUUCUCUUGACAGUAUGGAUU